GACAUAGCCAUGCAGCUUCCACCGAACAAGGAUGCCGAAAGAGAGGCAUAUACGGUUACUAUGACACUGUUUAUCGGAUAUAUAGUUUAGGCAUAAUGUCAUUGUUUCAUCCAUCUGUAACAAUGUUUUGACAACCGGUUAAUUUGCACCUCAUUGUCCCUCCCGUUUUGCUCGGGAACGACCCGCCUGUGUCGUCUAACUCUGCAAGAGGAAGCUGUUUUUCCACCUCACAGAUGCUCGGAGUCGUAGAUCUUGUUUGUUUCACCGGGUUUUCCUCCCGUCGAGUGUACAGGCAUGACGGACAGUAACGCCGCUGCUCAUGUUAUAGGCAGCAGCAGCAGCAUCUCAUGCACAGUGCCGCAUCAACAACCCCACCACCGGGUCCCCCUGCCGGCGCCCCGGUGUCCGCCGGUCCCCCGACGCCUGUUGUGACAUGACAGCUCGGGGCAGAAAGAAGAGGAUCAAAGGUUAUUGGCAGGGGUUCAAGCAGGAGCGAAGACGGGUUAGAUCCUUGAGGAGAGCAGAAGCAGACAGUUUAAAAGGAGGAGAUACAAUCAUACAUGUGUCAAAAUCUACUCCAUUACGGUGUUUCUCUUGCGGCUCCAGAGGGGUCAGAAGACGGGGUUUAGACACGGAGCAGCGCCCCUGGAGCCCGUUGAUGUGCCCAUACAUCAGCAAGGCACAGGGGCAGUGAACCCAUCUCCCUGAAACCUUUCUGAUUCGGGCCUACAGUGUGGUAGUAGCACCCACCUUUGCCUUACAGUUUCAUCUGAUGCACGGCCUCAUAGUGUUGAUACUGGUCGAUUCCCAGUCUGCAGCGCGGUUCCCCAUCAGGCCCGGCCGGCUCACCUGGCUGCUCCUGACCCUCACCUUCACCUGCACCGCCAUGGGCUGCAUCCAGAGCAUCGCCUGUAACAAGUCUCGCAUCAAACGGGAGAACAUCGUGGUGUACGAUCUGUCCGCCACCAUAGACCACUGCCCGACUGUCAUCGAGGAGAACUCGCCUAUAGUGCUCCGGUACAAGACGCCCUAUUUCAAAGCCUCGGCAAGAAUAGUGAUGCCCCCCAUUCCGCGAAAUGAGACAUGGGUGGUGGGCUGGAUCCAGGCGUGCACACAGAUGGAGUUUUACAACACCUAUGGAGACGUGGGCAUGUCGAGCUGGGAGCUGCCUCAGCUGCGAGAGGGUCUGGUGAGGGCCAUCAGCGAUUCGGACGGCGUGAGCUACCCCUGGUACGGAAACACAACGGAGACGGUCACCAUAGUGGGCCCGACUUCCAAGCCAUCCCGCUUCAUCGUUAGCAUGAAUGACAAUUUUUACCCCAGUGUCACCUGGGCUGUGCCAGUCAGUGAAUCCAACACUCCCUUACUGACUAACAUCAAAAGAGACCAGAGCUUCACCACAUGGUUGGUGGCGCUGAACACCACGUCCAGAGAGAAGAUCCUGCUCCACAGCAUCAAGUGGAGGAUGAGGGUGGACAUCGCGGUGGACCCCUGCCUGCCUCUGGGCUCCAGGGCCAGGCUCAUGGGCCGGGUGCACCAGGACCAGCCGAGGGUGCUGACACGCAUGGAGCCCAUCCCUCCGAACGCCAUGGGGAGGCCCAACGCCAACGAUGCCCAGGUUCUGAUGUGGAGGCCGAGGAGAGGGCCUCCGCUUGUUGUUAUACCGUCCAAGUAAAUCCUGGAGGGCGUCUGAUUGGCUGUUUGUUACAUCAGAUCAUAGGGGAGUAAAACGGCUAACAGGAUAAUCAGAUAAAAAGAUAAAAUGAAGAUCUAUAAGAAGGCUGAAACUUUGAAUUUGCAUUUUUUUUUCCGCGUGUAAUAUAUCGAGGGGACAACUGCCUUAAUUCCCCACCGCUGCCUUUGACGAUCCAGAAAGUAUUUGGUCUCCACUUCUGGUGCUGUUGGGGUAACCGAGCCCAGCACAACUGAGCAAAGCUAACUUUCAAAAUCCGCCAUUAAUUCUGGGAUGUAACACAAACCUGUCCUGUAGCUACUCAGGCCCAGACAGAAACUCAGACCCUGUUAUAAAAAGGUGCAUCUUAAUGAUGGCGUAAUGCGGGCCUGCUCUGUUCUGUACAGUGAAGUGCUGUGUAAGGGAAUGUGACAGCGGUGAUACGACACUGCUGCCGGGUGUAUUCAUUACGGACAGAGAAAAAAACUAUAAUAUCACCUGAAAUGUAACUGGAUGAUGUG